UAACAAUAAUAUUAUUAAAGCAUAAGUAUGGAUUGGGUUAUUUUCUGGCUCAUUAUCGUCAACAUUAUGUCGCAGAGUUCAUUCUCCUUAAUGGCGCCCUUCUAUCCCUCAAUGGCAAAAGAUGAGAAAGGUGUCGGAUCGACAGUUGUUGGAAUCCUCAUGGCAAGUUUAUCAGUAUCAUUCGUAAUCACCUCGUGCAUUAUUGGAAUGGUUAUCUCCAAGAUCGGAAGACGUCUGGUAUUAUACUCAGGAAUCUUUAUCGGAGUCGGCUCCAUGGUGGGGUUCGGAUUUAUGAUCUGGAUUAACAACACAGUGCUCUUUAUCAUUCUGUCAUUUACAUUGAGACUACUAACUGGUGUAGCGUCAGCUAUGAUUUGUGUUGCCGCAUACGCGAUGGUUUCUAUCAAGUACCCCGAAAAUGUUCAGUCCAAGAUUGCUCUUCUUGAAGCAGCCAAUGGAGCAGGACUCUUUAUCGGUCCUAUUUUCGGAGGACUCGUGUACCAGUACACCCACUUCUGUGUUCCGUUCUUUGCAUUCUCUGGGUUGUUCCUGGUAUGUGUGCCAUUCAUGAUGAAGUCUUUGGGACCAGAGCUCGACAGAGACGACAACACACACAACGAUGCACCCAAAGUAGGCUACUUCAAGCUGCUCAAAAACAAAAGAGUGCUCUUCGCAGGAAUCAACCAGUUUUGGAACAUGAUUGUAUUUUGCUCAGGUCAACCUAUUUUCGGCCCCAGACUUCAAGAUAAAUACCACUUUUCUGCUUUUGCAGUUGGAGCGAUGUUUGCUGUUCCGUGUAUUGCCUAUAUCAUUGGAGGUCCAGUACUUCUGCCUCUCAUCACAAAGAAGUUCGAGCCCAGGACAACUAAAAUCGUUGGGUUCUUCAUUCUGGCAAUCUGUUGUUUCAUCAUUGGGCCAUCAAAGAUUCUGGGAUUCCCUGACACGUCCAUUGCAAUGAUGUCGAUUGGGCUGGUUAUUCUCGGACUGGGAGCAGCUUUUACGAUCAUUCCGAUCAUCCCAGAGAUGCUGGAUGCAGUGGAAGGGCAGUUCCUUGACAGCAGAAGCGAAGUCAGCGACAAGUUCUCAGGCAUCUUCAACAUGGCUGGAGGAUUCGGACAGAUCUGAGGCCCAUCCACAGCAGGACUUCUCAACGACAAAGUAGGGUUCAACAUGACUUUCGACAUCAUCGCUCUGUUACUGUUGGCACAUGUUCUCAUUUACAUGAUCGUGUGAGAUGGGUUCAGGUCAGUGAGCAGGUCGAUGAAGGCAACCUGAAUGAGGUGCCGCAAGUCUUCAGGUGACGUCAGGAGCAGUACAUCAACUAGUAGGAAAUUACUUGAGGAAACAACAGACGAAGACGAGGAAUCUAUUACUAAGAAUGAAGAAAGCUACGAUGCUGGAGCAAAUGCUAGCUAUGCAUCAACUGAUGCAAGUUUCCAAAACAACGAUAAUGCUUAUGCAAUCAACACCGAUUAGAU